GAGCCCGUUAUGGAUAAAGGGCUGUGCCAAAUUCUCCGCUGCAGCCAGAUAAGGCCGUGUAAAUGAAUCAAUGACCGAUCGAUAUUAACAACCAAAUGAGACCAAUCGAUCACUCGAUUGAUCAAUCAAUCUGCCAGUCGGGAGUUUCGGGCAAUCAAUCCCACCAGACCCAAUGUCAGCGUCGGGCGCAAAUGCCGACAGGGGAAACAAACACGCGACCGAGUAAUGCUUGUUUUUUUUUUUUUGUCUAGUGCUUCCUUUUUCCGUUUCCCUUGCUUGUCCCUCCAAUCUAGAAAUUGCACAGGCGACAGGGGAAUGUCGGAAAAGGGAUCCUAUGUACAAACGACGAGUCGGACGGAGGGGGUGACGGCAAAGCGACCGAGAGAAAGAGGGGGGAGAGAGAGAGAGAGGCGCAGGAGAGUCACGAGAGGAGAUGACAGGUCCGCAUCAUUGAGAGAGAAAUGGCAAGAGGGUCAAGUAUCGCCCUCAGCCCCGGAAGUACAGAUUGCCGGAAGUGAGGGAGAGAGAGAGAGAGAGAGAGAGAGAGAGAGAGAGAGAGGGAAGGAGAGAGAAGCGGACGAGACGAGGAUUCAAUGCGGGAUCGCAGGUCGAAGGCCAAUGGAAGGGGAGGGCCGGGCAGGUCGGAAAGCGCCCGGUCUGCAGGAAGACUGUCGAGUGAUUUGUUGGGAUACACGGCGAGGAGUUUUGGUGGAGUUGAAAACGAGGGAAAUGAGUUCGCGAUAAGCCAGAGGGCGGAGAAGUGGAAAAGCCAACGAAUUCGCGUGGCCCGUCAGUCAAGCUUUUGUUCUCAUGGGCUUUGAGACUUGGCGCCUCCACACCUGUCGAUU